AUGGGAGACCUGAAGUCGGGUUUUGAAGAGGUGGAUGGCGUGAGGCUCGGCUACCUCAUCAUUAAAGGAAAGCAAAUGUUUGCACUCUCCCAGGUUUUUACAGACCUGCUCAAAAACAUCCCGCGAACUACCGUGCACAAGCGAAUGGAUCAUUUAAAAGUAAAAAAGCAUCACUGCGACCUGGAGGAGUUGAGGAAACUCAAAGCCAUCAACUCCAUCGCUUUCCACGCCGCCAAAUGCACCCUGAUCUCCAGAGAGGACGUGGAAGCCCUGUACACAUCCUGCAAAACCGAACGGGUCCUUAAGACGAAACGGAGGAAAAUCAGCCGUGCGCUGUCAGCCACCGACCUCCGGCCGGAGCUCGCACCCACCGACCCCUUCUCCGGCUUCUGGAAGGAGAACAAACUUUGGCUGGGCCUGCGGGACCCUCCCCGGCCCCUGCUGCCCGUUAGGAGGAAAGCUUUGCGUCCGGGGGACACAGCCUUGCUACCGGCCUCUCAUCUACCUCACAUUUUUAGUAAAUACACUGGCCACAGCUACCCAGAAAUCGCUCGGGCGCCUUGCAAACCCCCCGUAAACUAUGAAACAACGCCGCCGGCGGGCAGCUGCGCGCCCCUCCGCGCCCGCCCCCCGCCCUCCGCCGCGCCGCGGCUCCCGGCCGCCAGCCCCCCGCCCCUGCCCGCCCGCUGCCGCCGCCGCCGCCUCCUCCACGGGGCGGCCGCCGCCGCCGCCGCCGCUGCCGCAGCCGCGCUGGGUCCCUCCGGCGGCGCCCGCCGGACCCUGGCCGCGCCGCGGCCCUGCCGGCCUCGCGGCGGCCCGCGGCUGCCGCUGCUCCGCGGCUUCGGGCCGACGCCGCCCGCCUUCCCCGAGAGCGGCAGCAGCGACUCGGAGUCCAGCUGCUGCUCCGGCCGCGCCGCGCACGACUCGGACUGCGGCUCCAGCCUCUCCAGCUCCAGCGAGGGCAGCUCGGAGGAGGAGGACGAGGACGAGGAGGACGAGGAGGGCAGCGGCGCCACGGACUCCAGCGAGGGCAGCUCGGAGGAGGAGGAGGAGGAAGAGGAGGAGGAAGAGGAGGAGGAGGACAGCACCUCGGACUCCGACUCCAGCUCGGUCUCCAGCCAGGUCUCUGUGCAGAGCAUCCGCUUCAGGCGCACCAGCUUCUGCAGCCCGCCCGGCGUGGUCCACGCCAACUUCUUGUACCAUCUGGCGGCCGCCACCGCCCCUCGGCCCCCGGCCCCGGCGGAGCCCGGCGGGCUGCCCGCCCUCCGUGGCUCUCCCGGCGGAGUCAAGCCGGAGCUGCCGGAGGAGUGGGGCCGGCCCGGCUGGGCUCCCGCCGCCCCGGCGCUGCGCUGCUCCGGCGGCCUGGGGAGCUGCUUCUCGGAGAUAAGAGAUGAUAGGGUAUCCGAGAUCACAUUCCCACACUCUGAAUUUUCCAAUAAUGCCAAGAGUACUGACCUAACAAUUAACUGUGUUGCAAAGGGGGCCUCUUCACCUAGCCCAAAGACAAACAAUGCAUUUCCACAACAAAGAAUACUCAGAGAGGCAAGGAAAUGCCUUCAAGCAACUACUACACACCGUGCAGAUAACAAUACAAUAGCUGCUAGGUUCUUAAAUAAUGAUUCUUCAUCAGCGGCAGCAAAUUCAGAGAAAGAUUCCAAAAUCCCUCAUUGUAUUGAAUUUGCCACGGAUUUGCCCUCUUUACAAACGGCUCCUGAGGAGGAUGCUGCUUCUCCAGGGGCAGCAGCAGCAGCAGCAGCCGCAGCUGAGCUCCAGUGCACUGAUACAGGCAAUAAGGCAUUGCCAUUCCUGCACAGCAUUAAAAUCAAAAUAGAGGACAGCAGUGCGAACGACGAGUAUGAGCCCGAUCUUACAACACAUAAGCUAAAGUGUGAGUGCAAUGAUACUAAGGAUGAGUUGUACGGUGUGACUGAGGGUAAUAACCAGGACGCUUUAUUAACAGCCAAGGAAGAUUCUGCAUGCACUGAGAAAGAAACCACUUCCUUAAACCUGCUGACUCAGAGUCAGGUCCUCUCAUGCACUUUAGGUACUCCAAAACCUGAGGAUGGGGAGUAUAAAUUUGGAGCAAGGGUGAGAAAAAAUUACAGGACACUGGUUUUGGGAAAGCGACCUGUACUGCAGACUCCUCCAGUCAAACCAAAUCUGAAAUCAGCUCGAAGCCCACGUCCUACAGGUAAACCUGAGACACAUGAAGGAACACUGGAUGAUUUUACAGUUAACAAUAGACGCAAAAGGGUAGCCAGCAAUGUAGCAUCAGCAGUGAAAAGGCCAUUUAAUUUCAUGGCAAAUUUUCCCUGUCCACCAUCACUAAUUAUUGGCAAUGAUGGGGAUUUGUUGCCAGCUUAUUCCUUAAACACCACUAAGGAUUCCCAACCACCUCACAAGGCCCAUCCUGUAUGGAAAUGGCAGCUGGGCGGUUCUGCAAUACCUCUUCCACCUAGCCACAAAUUCAGGAAAUUUAAUUAAUAAAAUAGUUUGGAAAAUAUUUUCUCGAA